ACCGCCAACAACAUUGCUCCAAGCGAAGACCGGAGAAAGCACGAUUUUCCUCAAUUAAAUUAUUUUAACUAUUAUAAUCUAUUUAAUUAUUUGACUAACUUAUCAUGGAUGAUGAGGCAGAAACGUACAAGUUGUGGCGAAUCAGAAAAACCAUCAUGCAGCUGUGUCACGAUCGUGGAUACCUCGUAACGCAGGACGAGUUGGAUCAAACCCUCGACCAAUUUAAAGAACAGUUUGGCGAUAAGCCAAGUGAACGUCAUCCAGGAAGAACUGAUCUCAUUGUGUUAGUUGCACACAACGAUGACCCAACAGACCAGAUGUUUGUUUUCUUUCCGGACGAGCCUAAAAUUGGGAUAAAGACUAUUAAAACUUACUGCCAAAGGAUGCAGGAAGAAAACAUUCAUCGAGCCAUCAUCGUUGUGCAACAGGGGAUGACACCGAGUGCAAAACAGUCGCUAGUGGACAUGGCUCCAAAAUAUAUUCUGGAACAAUUUCUAGAAUCCGAACUACUGAUUAAUAUCACAGAACACGAACUUGUUCCAGAACAUGUCGUAAUGACGCCGGAAGAAAAACAGGAAUUGCUUCAAAGAUAUAAAUUGAAAGAAAAUUUCCUCCCACGAAUUCAACAACAAGACCCAGUGGCUAGAUAUUUCGGUCUUCAACGCGGUCAGGUCGUGAAGAUUAUUCGUCCUUCGGAAACUGCAGGAAGAUACAUUUCUUAUCGUUUGGUGUGUUAAGAAAUAGUUUAAAUGCUUUUUAUAUUGAAAAAAUGUGUCAUUGGAGAGUGUAAAGAAGAAUAAAUAAAUAUUCUCAUCAAGAA